AGCCGCUGCUAGCUCGGCUCAGCGCUGCUGUGAUGCAGCAGAUAACCAGGCUAACUCUGACCCAAAAAGGUCUGCUUUCAUAAGGUCUGAUGGCUCCAGAGUGAGCGGCCAUGGCGCUGAUGAUCCCCCCGGUGAAACUCAAAUGGCUGGAGCACCUGAACAGCUCGUGGAUCACGGAGGACAGCGAAUCCAUCGCCACGCGGGACGGCGUGUCGGCGCUUUACGCCAAGCUGCUGGCCAACAAGGAGGCGGUGCUGCUGCCGCAGCAGGUGCUGUGCCUCAAGGGCCCGCAGCUGCCGGACUUCGAGCGCGAGUCGCUGUCCAGCGAUGAGCAGGAGCAUUACCUGGACGCGCUGCUGGGCAGCCAGCUGGCCCUGGCCAAAAUGGUUUGCUCCGACUCGCCCUUCGCCGCCGCGCUGCGGAAGCGCGUCCUGGUGCUGCAGCGCGUCUUCUACGCGCUCUCCAACAAAUACCACGACAAGGGCAAGGUGAAGCAGCAGCAGCACUCCCCGGAGAGCAGCGCCGGCACCGCCGACCCGCACGCCGUCAGCGAGCGGCCGCGCUCCAGCACCGACGCCCUCAUCGAGAUGGGCGUCCGCACCGGACUCAGCCUGCUGUUCGCCUUGCUGCGCCAGAGCUGGAUGAUGCCGCCGUCGCUCGGCACCGGCGGAGCGCCGGGCGGCGGCAUCAACUUAUGCAAUGACGUGAUCCACACGGCCAUCGACGUGGUGAGCUCGCUGCCGCCGCUGUCCCUGGCCAACGAGAGCAAGAUCCCGCCAAUGGGCCUGGACUGCCUGGCCCAGGUCACGACCUUCCUGAAGGGCGUCACCAUGCCCAACUCCGGGGCGGACAUCUUGGGCCGACGGCUGGCCUCGGAGCUGCUGCUGGGGCUGGCGGCCCACAGGGGCUCGCUGCGCUACCUGCUGGAGUGGAUCGAGAUGGCGCUGGCAGCGUCGGCCGUGGUCAGCGCCAUGGAGAAGAACGCGGCGCCGCACUGCCAGGAGGGGCUGAUGGGAUACGACUGCUUCAUGAACAUCCUGAUGCAGAUGAGGCGCUCCUUGGGCUCCACAGCAGACCGCAGCCAGUGGAGGGAGCCCACCAGGACCCCGGACGGCCUCUGCUCGCUGUACGAGGCGGCGCUCUGCCUGUUCGAGGAGGUGUGCCGCAUGGCGUCGGACUACUCCCGCACCUGCGUCAGCCCCGACAGCAUCCAGACGGGCGAGGCGCCAGUCGUCUCGGAAACCUGUGAGGUUUACGUGUGGGGAAGCAACAGCAGCCACCAGCUGGUGGAGGGAACCCAGGAGAAGAUCCUGCAGCCCAAACUGGCCGCCAGCUUCGCAGACGCCCAGACGAUCGAGGCGGGUCAGUACUGCACCUUCGUGAUUUCGUCCGACGGCUCGGUCCGGGCCUGCGGGAAAGGAAGCUACGGCCGUCUGGGCCUGGGGGACUCCAACAACCAAUCCACGCUCAAGAAACUGACCUUUGAACCCCACCGAGCCAUCAAGAAGGUGUCUUCGUCGAAGGGCUCGGACGGCCACACCCUGGCGUUCACCACGGAGGGCGAGGUCUUCAGCUGGGGCGAUGGCGACUACGGCAAGCUGGGACAUGGCAACAGCUCCACCCAGAAAUACCCCAAACUCAUCCAGGGGCCGCUGCAGGGGAAGGUGGUCGUGUGUGUGUCUGCCGGCUACAGACACAGCGCUGCCGUCAGUGAGGACGGAGAGCUCUACACCUGGGGGGAAGGAGACUUUGGAAGAUUAGGACACGGGGACAGCAACAGCCGCAACAUUCCCACUCUGGUGAAAGACAUCAGCAACGUUGGCGAGGUUUCCUGCGGGAGCUCCCACACCAUCGCCCUGUCCAAAGAUGGCCGCACCGUCUGGUCGUUUGGAGGAGGAGACAACGGAAAACUGGGGCACGGCGACACCAACAGAGUCUACAAGCCCAAAGUGGUGGAGGCGCUGCAGGGCAUGUUCAUCAGGAAAGUGUGCGCAGGCAGCCAGUCGUCACUGGCUCUGACCUCCACUGGACAGGUGUUCGCCUGGGGCUGCGGCGCCUGCCUGGGCUGCGGCUCCUCUGAGGCCACGGCGCUGCGGCCCAAACUGAUCGAGGAGCUGGCCACCACCAGGGUGGUGGACGUGUCCAUCGGGGACAGCCACUGCCUGGCCCUGUCCCACGACAACGAGGUGUACGCCUGGGGCAACAACUCCAUGGGGCAAUGUGGCCAGGGCAACUCCACCGGCCCCAUCACCAAACCCAAGAAGGUGGUCGGCCUGGACGGGGUCGCCAUCCAGCAGAUCUCAGCCGGGACGUCCCACAGCCUGGCCUGGACUGCUCUGCCCAGAGACAGGCAGGUGGUGGCCUGGCACCGACCGUACUGCGUCGACCUGGAGGAAAGCACCUUCUCCCACCUGCGCUCCUUCCUGGAGCGCUACUGCGACGGCAUCAACAGCGACGUUCCUCCGCUGCCCUUCCCCUCGUCCAGGGAGCACCAUAACUUCCUCAAGCUGUGCCUUCGCCUCUUAUCCAAUCACCUGGCUCUGGCCCUGGCCGGGGGCGUGGCCACCAGUAUUCUGGGUCGGCAGGCCCGGCCGCUCAGGAACCUGCUGUUCAGGUUGAUGGACGCCUCGGUGCCGGACGAGAUCCAGGAGGCGGUGAUCGAGACUCUGUCGGUGGGCGCCACCAUGCUGCUGCCUCCUCUGAGGGAGAGGAUGGAGCUGCUCCACUCCCUGCUGCCUCAGGGACCAGACAGAUGGGAGAGUCUCUCCAAAGGACAGAGGAUGCAGCUGGACAUCAUCCUGACCAGCCUGCAGGAUCACACCCAUGUGGCCUCGCUGCUGGGCUACAGCGCUCCGGCUGACGGCCCCGACGCUGCGGCCCGGUCCGCCUUCGCACCGGACGCCGGCUACGACGCCGUCGGCUCCCACCCUGACACGCACUUAGCUGAGAUCCUGAUGAAGACGCUGCUCAGAAACCUGGGCUUUUACACGGAUCAAGCGCUGGGCGAACUGGAGAAGAACAGCGACAAGCUGCAGCAGCGCACCUCGUCGUCGGAUAGCAGCCAGCCGGCUCACCUGCACCAGCUGCUGUGCUCCCUGCAGAAGCAGUUGCUGGCCUACUGCCACAUCAACGCCGUCACCGAGAACUCCAGCAGCGUGGCGCUGCUCCACAAGCACCUGCAGCUGCUGCUGCCCCACGCCACCGACAUUUUCUCCCGCUCUGCCGCGCUGAUCCAGGACAGCUCCGGGAACGGGAGCAUCCGGGAGAAGCUGCAGGAUGUGAUCUACGUGUCGGCAGCUGGCAGCAUGCUGUGUCAGAUUGUCAACUCGCUGCUGCUGCUGCCAGUGGCGGUGGUGAGGCCGCUGCUGAGCCACCUGCUGGACCUGCUGCCCCCUCUGGACCGCCUCAACAGGCUGCUGCCGGCCGCUGCGCCGCUGGAGGACCAGGAGCUGCAGUGGCCGCUGCACGGUGCUUCGGACCUGGCCGAGCCGACAUCGGGCCCGGCGCUCCCGGCGGCGGCGCUGUGCUGGGUGUGGCUGGUGGACCUGGAGCGGACCGCGGCGCUGCUGGUGGGCUGCUGCCUGGGCGGGAUGCUGCAGGGUGCCGCCGCCUCGCCGGAGGAGAACCACGCCGCCUACUGGCUGAAAACGCCGCUGUUCAGCAACGGCCUGGAGACUGACAUCCCGCAGCUCGACUGGGUCAUCAGCUCGCUGCUGGAGGCGGCGCUGUCCGGGAACGAGGAGCAGAAGCCUCUGGACCGGCCGCUGCGCCCGGACCUCAGCGUCCUGCUGGACCUGGCGCUGGGCUCCUCCAAAGAACCCGCCAACAGCCUCUGGAUCAACAUGCAGGACUACGCCAUCAGCAAAGACUGGGACAACGCGUCUCUGAACAACGAGUCCCUGCUGGACACCGUGUCCAGGUUCUGCCUGGCCGCGCUGCUGAAGCACAGCGGCCUGCUGGGCCCCGCCUGCGGCGAGGGCAGGUACCAGCCGUCCAAGUCUCUGGCCGAAGUCUACCGCAGCGUCUACAAGGUCCGGAACCGACUGCUGGCCUGCAAGAACCUGGACUUCAUCCAAACCCGGUCUUCAUCCCGAGAGAGGCGGAUCUCGGACAACCAGGACUCGCUGGACAUGGACCCCCAGGAGAACUCGUUCACCCGCACCAUCGACGAGGAGGCGGAGCUGGAGGAGCGGGCCGACCGCGAGAGGGAAGACGGGCACCAGGAUCAGGACGAGGAGGAAGAGGACCGGGAGCACGAAGUCAUGACCGCAGGAAAAAUCUUUCAAUGUUUCCUCUCAGCGCGGGAGGUGGCUCGGAGCCGGGAUCGGGAGCGGGCCAGCAGCGGGACGGGCCCGGGCUCUGGGUCGACGUCCCGCAGCGCAGCGCCGGGAUCCGGGGAGGAGGAGGCGGCGCAGUCGCAGGAGGAGCGGCGGGGCAGCGCGGGGAUCCCGGAGGGCCAGGACCUGUACACGGCCGCCUGCAACUCGGUCAUCCACCGCUGCGCCCUGCUGCUGCUGGGGGUCAGCCCGGUUCUGGGAGAGCUGGGCAAGCAGAACCCGGAGGACGGCCCGAUCCAGUCGCCGCCGGAACACAGGACUGUCUGAGCUUCAUGACCAGGGAAUAAUUCUGUUUCCAGGAGUGAGAGUCUGAGUGCAGAGAGCCGCUCGGUGCAGGGCAGCCCCAGCUACCGGCUCAUCAAGUCCGCAGCGAGUCGGACUGUCCAACCCGAGUCCGACGAGGAGAGCUACAGCCUGAGCGGGCGCAGGAACGUGGAUCUGGACCUGGCCUCCUCCCAGAAGAAGAGAGGAAUGCUCCACAGCUCCCCUGACUCGCUGGCGGAGUCCUGGUUCCGGUCCAAGCUCAGCCGGCAGCGCAGCUACGGCUCGGCCCACUUCUACGGGGAGUCGGACCUGGACCUGAGCCGCUCGCUGGGCGUCCACGCCCUCAUCGACAACAUGGUGAGCUUCAUCAGCGGCGACGUGGGCCUGGCGCCCGCCUUCAAGGAGCCCGACGAGGGCAUGUCCACCAACCCGCAGGCCGCCAUCUUGGCCAUGGAGCAGCAGCAGAGCAGGGCUGAGCUGCGGUUGGAGGCGCUGCACCAGAUCGUGGUGCUGAUCUCAGGCAUGGAAGAGAAGGGCAGCCAGCAGGGCGGCGCCGAGCGGCCGGGCGGUGCCUUCCAGUCUUCCUCCCUGCUCACCUCGGUCCGGCUCCAGUUCCUGGCCGGAUGCUUCGGCCUUGGUACCGUGGGCAGCGGCGGCCUAAAGAGGGAGAGCGUGCAGCUGCACCACUACCAGGAUGGGAUCAAAGCGGCCAAGCGGAGCCUGCAGGUGGAGAUCCAGACGGCCGUCCAUAAGAUCUAUCAGCAGAUGGCAGUGACUCUGGAGCGCGCCCUGCAGGCCAACAAGCACCACAUCGAGAGCCAGCAGCGCCUCCUGCUGGUGACGGUGUUUGCCCUCAGCGUGCGCUACCAGCCUGUGGACGUGUCCCUGGCCAUCUCCAGCGGCCUCCUCAAUGUGCUGUCGCAGCUCUGCGGCACCGAGACGAUGCUGGGCCAGCCGCUGCAGCUGCUGCAGAAGCCGGGUGUGUCGCAGCUUAGCACCGCCCUGAAGGUGGCCUCCACCCGCCUGCUGCAGAUCCUGGCCAUCAGCACCGGGACAUACGCCGACAAGCUGAGUCCCAAGGUGGUGCAGGCGCUGCUGGACCUGCUGUGCAGCCAGCUGAAGAACUUGCUGGCCCAGGCAGGAGGCAGCCGGCUGGCGGCAGGGAAGGACUCGGACGACUCCAAGAUGGAUGACUCCCUCGACUCUGACAAGAAGGACUUCAGAGCUUUAAUCCGGAAGCAGCACACCGCAGAGCUCCACCUCGGGGACUUCCUGGUCUUCCUCCGCAGGGUGGUCUCCUCCAAGGCCAUCCAGUCCAAGAUGGCGUCCCCCAAAUGGACCGAGGUUCUGCUGAACAUCGCAGCUCAGAAGUGCUGCUCAGGAGUUCCUCUGGUGGGGAACAAAACCCGCCUGCUGGCCCUGCAUGUGCUGGAGGCCGUCCUGCCGGCCUGCGAGGCCAACAUGGAGGACGACCAGCUGACCCAGGUUGUGGACCGUCUCUUCUCUCUGCUGUCUGACUGCAUGUGGGAAGCUCCGGUCGCUCAGGCCAAACACUCCAUCCAGAUCAAGGAGAAGCUCCAGGAGCUGAAGCUGCAGGGCGAGGCGGAGGAGGAAGACGAGAACCUUCAUCAGGAAGUGUCCUUCGACCCGGAGAAGGCACAGUGCUGCGUGGUGGAGAACGGCCAGGGCCUGACGCACGGCAGCGGGGGCAAAGGUUACGGCCUGGCGUCCACCGGCAUCUCCUCCGGAUGCUACCAGUGGAAGUUCUACAUCGUGAAGGAGAACCGCGGCAAUGAGGGGACGUGUGUGGGCGUGUCCCGCUGGCCCGUCCACGACUUCAACCAUCGCACCACGUCGGACAUGUGGCUGUACCGCGCCUACAGCGGGAACCUGUACCACAACGGAGAGCAGACGCUGACGCUCAGCAGCUUCACGCAGGGAGACUUCAUCACCUGCGUCCUCGACAUGGAGGCCAGAACCGUCUCCUUCAGCAAGAACGGAGAGGAGCCGAAGUUGGCGUUUGAGGAUGUUGACGCAGCCGAGUUGUUUCCUUGUGUCAUGUUCUACAGCAGUAACCCGGGAGAGAAGGUGAAGAUCUGCGACAUGCAGAUGCGAGGGACGCCACGCGACCUCCUGCCCGGCGACCCCGUCUGCAGCCCCACGCCCACGGUGCUGGUCGAGGCCACGGCCCAGCUGGUCCGCAUCUUGCACCGCACCGACCGCUGGACGCCGCGCAUCAACAGCGCCAUCAUCCAGCGGCUGCAGAAGAUCAAGCCCUGCUUCCGGGACGCCGCCACGGGGGGGCCGGCCGGCGGCCAGCGGCUGAAGAAGAGCCGCUCGGUGCAGAGUCGCGAGGAGCACGACGCCCAGAGGGAGAGCCCCGAUGCUCCGCCAAGGGCGGAGGAGGACCGGGGGCGGCAAGGCCGGCAGCACGGCCUGGCGGACCUGGCCGAGCCGCACCUGCGCAGCCUGUGCUGCGACGUGUGGCCGGUUCUGGCCGUGAUCGGCGGGGCGGACGGCGGGCUGCGCGUCGGCGGCCGCUGCGUCCACAAGCAGACGGGACGCCACGCCACGCUGCUGGGCGUGGCCAAGGAGGGCAGCAGCUCGGCCAAGGUCCAAUGGGACGAGGCAGAGAUCACCAUCAGCUUCCCAACUUUCUGGUCGCCUAGUGACACGCCGCUGUACAAUCUGGAGCCGUGUGAGCCGCUGCCGUUCGACGUGGGCCGGUUCCGGGGCCUGACCUCGUCGCUGCUGCUGGACCUCACCUACCUGACCAGCAUCCACGAGGAGAACGCCGCCAAGCUGGGCGGGCGCCGCCACGACAGGAAGCACCGCAACGCCGCCUCCGUUGGCCACGAGGCGAGCUGCGGCGACGACAGGCCGGACGGCCAGAAGGACGCCGCCGCCUCCGAGCUGAGGGUGUCCCACAGCCUGGAGGAGGUCAAGGCUCACCUGGCGCCCAACUCCAAGUCCGAGAGCGAGAUCUCAUCUGUCGCCAGCGGAAACGAAGCUCUGUUCGGCCCGGCGCCCAACGCCACCGCAGAGGCAGGCAGGAAGAAAGGCCACGAGCACGGCGGGCGCCACGAGGCUCCGCCCAUUAGCACACAGUCAGAAAUCCACGCCGUACAGCUGUCCUACCUCUACCUGGGCGCCAUGAAGACCCUGAGCGCCCUGCUGAGCUGCAGCAAGUACGCGGAGCUGCUGCUCAUCCCCAAGGUGGUCCCAGAGACGGCGCCGUGCGGCCACAACGCCGACCUGAGCGCCGCCAGCGGCGCGGCUCCGCCCUCGCCCGUCUUCCAGGAGGAGGUGGAGAUGCGGACGGCGCUGCAGUUCCUCAUGCGCCACAUGGUGAAGCGCGCCGUGAUGCGCUCCCCGAUCAAACGCGCGCUGGGCCUGGCGGACCUGGAGAGAGCGCAGGCCAUGAUCUACAAGCUGGUGGUGAACGGGCUGCUGGAUGAGCCCAGCGGCGGGAAGUCCAGGCCGGGGGUGAGGAGCGAGCCUGAAGGGGAAGGCGAGGGCGGCGAGGGCGAGCAGCUGGCUCAGACGCCCAUCACCACCAGCCCCUCGGCGUCCAGCACCACCUCCUUCAUGAGCUCCUCCCUGGAGGACACCACCACCGCCACCACGCCCGUCACCGACACCGAGACCGUGCCCGCCUCCGAGCCGGGCGUCAUGCCGCUCAGCUUGCUCAGGCAGAUGUUCUCCAGCUACCCCACCACCACCCUGGUUCCGACCCGCCGGGCCCCAGACGCCCCAGUGUUCCUGCCGACCUCUCCGUCAGACGAGGUGGGCCGCAGGCAGAGCCUCACCUCGCCGGACUCCCAGCCCUGCAGGCCGCAGAACCGGGCCGGAACAUGUGAGUGGACCGAGCUGUCGGACCCCAGCAGCAGGCUGUCCACGUCGCCGCCGCCGCCGGCCAUCGCCGUGCCGCUGCUGGAGAUGGGCUUCACGCUGCGGCAGAUCUCCAAGGCCCUGGAAGCAACGGGCGCUCGGGGAGAAGCAGACGCCCAGAACAUCACAGUGCUCGCCAUGUGGAUGAUCGAACAUCCCGGCACGGAGGACGAGCGCGACGAGCCUCACAGCAGGAGCGGCGCGCUGGUUGUCGACGCUCCUGACUCCGCCUCCUGUCCGGGGGCGAUGGCGUCCUCGGGGGGCAAGUCCCUGGACCGGAGCCCGUACCUCUGCUGUCCGGGAGACGUGGCCAGCGCCGACGCCUCGGAGCUGGAGGAGGGCUUCGGUGACAGCCCUGAAGGUCCGGAGCAAGACAGCGCAGCGGUAUCCAGCUGCACCUCCCUCAGAGGACGCUCCGCCGCCGGCAGGAAGCACCGCUUCGACCUGGCCGCACGCACGCUGCUGGCGCGCGCCGCCGGGCUGUACCGCUCGGUCCAGGCCCACCACAGCCAGGCCCGGCGGGACGCGGCGCCGCCGCAGCAGCAGGACCCGGGCGCGCUGUACGACUUCAACCUGGACGAGGAGCUGGAGAUGGACCUGGACGAGGAGACCAUGGAGGCCAUGUUCGGCCAGGACCUGGCCAGCGACACCGACACUGGAAUGUGGAUCCCGGAGGUACUGGACUGGCCAACAUGGCACGUGUGUGAGGCCGACGACCGAGACGAGGUGGUGGUGUGUGAGCUGUGUGAGGCCAGCGUGGCGAGCUUCAACCAGCACAUGAAGAAGAAUCACCCCGGCUGCGGGCGCAGCGCCAACCGACAGGGUUACCGCAGCAACGGCUCCUACGUGGACGGCUGGUUCGGCGGCGAGUGCGGCAGCGGGAACCCGUACUACCUGCUGUGUGGCGGCUGCAGGGACAAAUACCUGGCCAUCAAGAGCAAAGCCAGAGUCCCCUCCGCAGAGAGGUACAGAGGUCAGGCGCCGGACCUGCUGGGGAAGCAGGACAGCGUGUACGAAGAGGACUGGGACAUGCUGGACGUGGACGAAGACGAGAAGCUGACGGGAGAGGAAGAGUUCGAGCUGCUGUCUGGCCCGCUGGGCCUGAGCGAGCGUCGCGUCGUCCCCGAACCCGUCCAGUUCCCCGACAGCGACCCGCUGGGAGCCUCGGUCGCCAUGGUGACGGCCACCAACAGCAUGGAGGAGACGCUGCUGCAGAUAGGCUGCCAGACGUCGGUGGAUAAAAGCUCGUCGGGCCGCAUGACGCUUGGCGAACAGGCCGCCGCCCUGCAGAACCCACACGACCGCGUCAUGGCGCUCAGGAGGGUGACGGCCGCAGCACAGGUGCUGCUGGCCCGCACCAUGGUGAUGAGGGCGCUGUCGCUGCUCUCCGUCAGCGGCUCCAGCUGCAGCCUGGCGGCGGGCCUGGAGUCUCUGGGCCUGACCGACAUCAGGACGCUGGUCCGCCUCAUGUGCCUGGCGGCGGCGGGCCGAGCCGGACUCUCUACCGGCCCGGCGGCGGGGGCGGGCCCCUCGGAGCGGCCCCGCGGCGCCGCCAAGGCCAGCAAGCCCAUUUCCUGCCUGGCCUACCUGAGCACCGCGGUGGGCUGCCUGGCCUCCAACAGCCCCAAUGCCGCCAAGCUGCUGGUGCAGCUCUGCACGCAGAACCUGAUCUCUGCGGCGAUAGGCAUGAACCUGACCACGGUGGACGACCCCAUCCAGAGGAAGUUCCUGCCCAGCUUCCUGCGCGGCGUGGCCGAGGAGAACAAGCUCAUCACCUCCCCGAACUUUGUGGUGACGCAGGCGCUGGUGGCGCUGCUGGCGGAUAAAGGCGCCCGGCUGCGGCCCGUCUACGACAAGGCCGACCUGGAGAAGAGAGGCCCCCUGGAGCUGGCCAACGCUCUGGCGGCCUGCUGCCUGUCCUCCAGGCUGUCCUCCCAGCACCGCCAGUGGGCCGCGCAGCAGCUGGUCCGCACGCUGGCCGCUCACGACCGCGACAACAGCCAGAGCCGGCCGCAGACCUUCGCCGACAUGGCGGGGGAUCUGCGGAAGUGCUCCUUCAUCAAGCUGGAGGCGCACCAGAGCAGGGUCAUCACCUGUGGCUGGUGCAGUAAGAAAGGCCUGCUGGCCACCAGCGGCAGCGACGGGACGGUCCGGGUGUGGAACGUGACGAAGAGCCAGUACACGCUGCAGCAGACCUGCGUCUUCAACAAGGAUGAUGGCUCCUCGGACGACGGGAUGUCCGCUCUGGGCUCUCCCAGCGACCCUUGCUUGUCUCCUCUGGCCUGGAGCGUGACUGGAAAAUAUCUGGCAUCAGCCAUGGAGAAAAUGGUCAACAUCUGGCAAGUUAACGGCGGUAAAGGCCUGCUGGACGUGCAGCCCCACUGGGUGUCGGCGCUGGCGUGGCCAGAGGAGGAGGCGGAGUCUCUGUGGUGCGGCGAGCCCAAAGACAUGCUGCUGGUGGGCCGGAUGGACGGGUCGCUGGGCCUCAUUGAGGUUCUGGACGCCAGCGACAUGCACCGCAGCGAGCUGGAGCACUGCUACAGGAAAGACGUGGCCGUGAUGCACAUCGCCUGGUACAGUGAGGACCGGCCGUUCGCCGUGGGAUACGCCGACGGAAAGCUGCUGAUCGGGUCCAAGGAGCCGCUGGAGAAAGGAGCUGUGGUCGUGAUUGACGCUCACAAGGAAUCCAUCAGCAGCAUGAAGUGGAGCCCCAACGGCCAGAUCCUGCUGACCUGCGCCAAGGAGGAGACGGUGAAGCUGUGGGCCGCCCCGGACCGGGACUCGGGUUCCGGCUGGCGCUGCCUGCAGACCCUGUGCCACGCCUCCCUGGUGAACGGCGUGGCGUGGUGCGGCCUGCCGGGCCGCGGGCCCAGACCGCUCAGCAUGCUCGCCAUAUGUUGCCAGAACGGCCUGGUGUCGGUCUGGACCGUUCCUCAGGAAAUCUGCCACUUCCCAGAAUCCUCCCGGAGCGACUCGGAGGCGCUGUGGGAGAACGGCGCCAAACCCAAACUACUGUCGCCGCGUUGGGCCGAGGACGGAGCCGUGUGCGUCUUCCAGCUGAAGGGACACAUCACGCCGGUCCGGACGCUGGCCUUCAGCCCCGACGGCCUGGCGCUGGCCUCCGGCGGAGUCGGCGGCCUCAUGAACAUCUGGUCUCUGCAGGACGGCUCCGUCCUGCAGACCGUCGUCGCCGGAUCCGGAGCCAUCCAGAACAUUGUCUGGAUCCCAGAUGUGGGCGUGGCCGUCUGCUCCAACAGGUCAAAGGACGUUCUGGUCGUGAACUGCUCCAAAGAGUUCAUGGCGUCCAACCACGUGCUGGCGACUUGCCGCUCGGCGCUGAAGCGGCAGGGCGUGGUGGGCCUCAACGCGGCGCCCUGCAUGAGGACGUUCCUGGAGCGGCUGCCGGUGAUGCUGCAGGAGCAGUACGCCUACGAGAAGCCUCAUGUGGUUUGUGGCGAGCAGCUCGUCCACAGCCCCUACAUGCAGUGCCUGGCGUCUCUGGCGGUCGGCCUCCACCUGGACCAGCUCCUGUGCCGCCCACCGGCUCCGCCCCACCUCCGCCGCUGUCCUCCGGAGUCCGGCACCGCCGUCUGGAGCGCCAGCGAGUGGGCGUGGCUCGACUGCUUCUCCACCACUGUCAAGGCGGCCGAGGCCCUCGCCCGCGGCGCCACAUUUCCCGACUCCUUCUGCGUUCCUGACCUGGAGCCGGUGCCCAAGGAGGAAAUGGCUCUGGUGAUGGACAACGGGAAGUGGGCGGCCGAGAUGGACGAGCAGAUCAUGUCCUGGGCCACGUCCAGGCCGGAGGACUGGCACCUGGGGGGCAGGUGUGACGUCUUCCUGUGGGGAGCCGGUCGGCACGGCCAGCUGGCCGAGGCUGGCAGGAACAUCCUGGUUCCGACCACCGCCCCGUCCUUCUCACAGGCCCAGCAGGUGGUUUGUGGUCAGAACUGCACCUUUGUGAUCCAGCCCAACGGGUCGGUGUUGGCCUGCGGAGAGGGCAGCUACGGCCGCCUGGGACAGGGGAACUCCGACGACCUGCACGUCCUCACCAUCAUCUCCGCUCUGCAAGGAUUUGUGGUGACCCAGCUGGUGACGUCGUGCGGCAGCGACGGCCACUCCAUGGCUCUGACGGAGAGCGGCGAGGUCUUCAGCUGGGGUGACGGCGACUACGGCAAGCUGGGCCAUGGCAACAGUGACCGCCAGCGCCGACCGCGGCAGAUCGAAGCGCUGCAGGGAGAGGAGGUGGUCCAGAUGUCUUGUGGAUUCAAACACUCUGCGGUGGUGACGGCCGACGGGAAGCUUUUCACCUUCGGGAACGGAGAUUACGGCCGACUGGGGCUGGGAAACACGUCCAACAAGAAGCUUCCGGAGAAGGAAGGUCUGGAGGGUUACCAAGUGGGACAGGUGGCCUGCGGUCUGAACCACACGCUGGUCGUCUCUGCGGACGGAAGCAUGGUUUGGGCCUUCGGCGACGGAGACUAUGGGAAACUGGGACGGAACUCGACGGCCAAGUCUUCUCCCCAGAAGGUGGACGUCCUCUGUGGGACGGGGAUCCAGAAGGUGGCCUGUGGGACGCAGUUCUCCGUGGCUCUAACCAAAGAUGGCAAAGUUUACACGUUCGGCCAAGACCGGCUGAUCGGACUCCCAGAAGGCCGAGCUCGGAACCACAACCGGCCCCAGCAGGUUCCGGCGCUGUCCGGGAUCCACAUUCAGGACGUGGUGGUCGGCGCCGAGCACACGCUGGUUCUGUCUUCCACCGGAGACGUCUACGCGUGGGGCAGCAACUCGGAGGGACAGCUGGGUCUGGGCCACACCAACCACGUCAGAGAGCCCACGCUGCUCACGGCGCUGCAGGGCAAGAACAUCAACCAGAUCUCGGCUGGACGCUGCCACAGCGCCGCCUGGACGGCGCCUUGCGUGCCGCCGCGCGCUUCAGGCUCGUCGGUUCCGCUCCAGCUGGGCCUCCCGGUGGCGGUUCCGCCUCAGUACAGCGGGCUGAAGGAGGUCAGCAUGGAGGCGGUGAGGGCGCGGCUCCGCCUCCUCUACCACUUCUCUGACCUCAUGUACUCGUCGUGGCGGCUGCUGAACCUCAGCCCCAACAACCAGAGCUGCACCUCCCACUACAACGCCGGGACCUGGGGCAUCGUUCAGGGCCAGCUGCGCCCCCUGCUGGCCCCCCGGGUCUACACGCUGCCCAUGGUGCGCUCCAUCGGGAAGACCAUGGUUCAGGGCAAGAACUACGGUCCACAGAUCACCGUCAAGCGGAUCUCCACCCGCGGCCGGAAGUGCAAACCGAUCUUCGUCCAGAUCGCCCGGCAGGUGGUGAAGCUGAACGCCUCCGACCUGCGGCUGCCGUCCCGCGCCUGGAAGGUCAAGCUGGUGGGCGAGGGGGCGGACGACGCGGGCGGCGUGUUUGAUGACACCAUCACCGAGAUGUGCCAGGAGCUGGAGACAGGUGUGGUGGACCUGCUGAUCCCCUCCCCUAACGCCACCGCAGAGGUCGGCUACAACAGAGACAGAUUCCUGUUCAACCCGUCCGCCUGCCUGGACGAGCACAUGAUCCAGUUCAAGUUCCUGGGCAUCCUGAUGGGCGUGGCGGUGCGCACCAAGAAGCCGUUGGACCUGCACCUGGCGCCGUUGGUAUGGAAACAGCUGUGCUGCAUCCCGCUGCAGCUGGAGGACCUGGAGGAGGUGGACCUGCUCUACGUCCAGACGCUGAAGAGCAUCCUGCACAUCGAGGACAGCGGCAUCACCGAGGACAGCUUCCACGAGAUGAUACCUCUGGACUCGUUUGUGGGUCAGAGCGCGGACGGGAAGACGGUUCCCAUAAUUCCCGGCGGAGCCAGCAUCCCGCUCUCCUUCUCCAACCGGAAGGAGUACGUGGAGCGGGCUGUCGAGUACCGGCUGCACGAGAUUGACCGACAGGUGGCGGCGGUGCGUGAAGGCAUGUCCUGGAUCGUGCCGGUGCCGCUGCUGUCGCUGCUGACGGCGCGGCAGCUGGAGCAGAUGGUGUGCGGCAUGCCGGAGAUCUGCUGCGAGGUUCUGAAGAAGGUGGUCCGGUAUCGGGAGGUGGACGAGCAGCACGCGCUGGUCCAGUGGUUCUGGCAGACGCUGGAGGAGUUCUCCAACGAGGAGCGCGUCCUCUUCAUGCGCUUCGUCUCCGGGCGCUCCCGGCUGCCCGCCAACACCGCCGACAUCUCACAGCGGUUCCAGAUCAUGAAGGUGGACCGGCCGUACGACAGCCUCCCCACCUCCCAGACCUGCUUCUUCCAGCUGCGCCUGCCGCCGUACUCCAGCCAGGGCGUCAUGGCCGAGCGGCUGCGCUACGCCAUCAACAACUGCCGCAUCGACAUGGACAACUACAUGCUCUCCCGCAACGUGGACAACGCCGAGGGCUCCGACACGGACUACUGAUGUUUCCACGCGUCCGCAAACUCUUUUACAUCCGUUUUAUUUCUGUAAUAUCGGCACAACCUUCAUUUCUCUCUGUGGUUUAUUAGUUUUUAUCAUGGAAAUCCACAGGAAGAGUGUUAAUUCUGGUUUCCUCCCACAGUGCUAUUUGGAAACGUGUACAGAAUAUCUGGUGAAGAUUGUACAUUGUGUAAAAUGCUUCAAUAGCAAAAUGUUUUGCAUUGUAUCCAUAUUUAUUGUUCAUUGGUGGCAGCAAUUUUCCCAAAGCAAACAAAAUAAAAAAAACUAUAAAAUGCUGCAGAACUGAUCUGUUGAAAUGUGUGUCCUGACUCAGUUGAUCUGUUUUUUGUGUAUGUCUUCUCUGUUUUCUUAACUAAAAGACAAAAAAUUAAAGUUUGAUAAAACGGA